AUGCGCUCUUCAGAUGAGGAAGUCCAUCAAACGGUCGUCGAGUCAAUAUCCGUCAAUGCAGCCGCCGCGCUCGACGUCCCGAUCGAAGAGAAAGGGUCUGUUCCUUCCGCGCCCUCGGCCACCAUUGACGGAGGGGUCAGAGCCUGGCUUCAAGUAUUGGGAUGUUGGCUUGUGUUUUUCAAUGUCUGGGGCUUCACAUUUUCUUUCGGACCAUUCCAGAGCUACUACGAAAUCAAUCUUAUGACGAACCUGUCUUCGUCAGAUGUAUCCUGGAUCGGCACGGUCGCAUCGUAUCUUUUGAUCGUCACUGGCGUCCUUUCUGGUCCGUGGUUUGAUCUCGGUUACUACAAGGUUAUGCUUUUUGGUGGUGCAACCAUGUCUUGUUUCGGCCUCUUCAUGUUGAGCCUUUCACACCAGUACUACCAGAUCCUCUUGACCCAGGGCAUCUGCAUGGGCCUGGGCUGUGGACUUUUGUAUAUUCCCGGCCUGGCCCUCGUCGGUCGGUCAUUCACUCGGCGAAGAGCAAUGGCUAUGGGAAUCGUGACAACUGGCGCUCCCAUUGGUGGAAUUAUCUAUACCAUUACGUUCGACCAGGCCAUCGAGUCAAUAGGAUUUGCAUGGACUGUUAGAGUGAUGGGAUUUAUUAUGCUCGGAUCCUAUAUCAUUGCUUUCCCUCUCCUACUCUGGGGUACGGCAAAUACUGGCGAUAUUGCGAGCGGAACGCCGCGUAAGCUAUUGGACAAAGCAGCGUUCAAGGACAUGGCGUUUUGGAUGUAUACAUGGGCCAACUUCUUCUUGUUCUGCGGCUACCUGGUGCCGUUCUUUUACAUUCCCACUUAUGCUCAACUCGAGCUUAACAUGUCGAGGUCCUUAUCACUAUAUUCUAUCGUCAUCGCACAGGGGGUGUCCGUGAUAGGACGACUUAUAGCUUCCGGCGCUGCCCUUCGGUUCGGAGUCAUGGUCCCCUGGCUAACCUGCGGCACCCUGUCGGCGGUGCUCUGUCUUGCAUGGAUAGGUGUCCACACUCCUACCGCAUUUCUGGCCUUUGCAGGAUUAUAUGGAGGCUUCAGUGGGGCGCUUAUCCCUCUCCCGCCUAGUAUCUUCCCUGUCGUCUGUCCUGAUCCCAAAGUCCUUGGUGCGCGUCUUGGAAUGGCCCAAGCCAUCGGUGCUACUGCUUCUCUGAUAGGUAGUCCCAUCGCCGGAGCCCUGGUAGGUCUAGGAGGGCACGGGUACCUGGGCAUGCAGCUCUGGAGUGGUCUUGUCAUGUUGGUCGGUGCGUGCCUCCUGCUAGGUUUAUGGAUCAUGCUCGUCAAGAGGAGGGGCUGCAAGACAUUCAUCUGA